ACAUCGAAUUAAUCAGAUGACUUCUAACCUCUCUGCUUCAUUCGCUCAGUUGCUUUGAACGUGAAAAGUUGUGUCAUCAUCGUAAUAAAUAAACGAUAACAAUGAGUGACCAGGCGAAACAGGAGGAAAAGAAACCGGCCGAGACAGACGCGGAAUUAUCCGAGCUUUUGGACAGUGCUUUGGCCGACUUCAGCAAGAAACCGGAAGAGAAAGCGGAAAAAUCCGACGAGGCAAAGGCCGAAGAGGUUGAGGGUCAAGAAUGGAGCGAGGACUUUAUCAAGCAAGCGUCGGAGCAGUUCGAGAGCAACAUCGCCGCAUUACUGGGAUCCGGAAAUGGAGAACAGGCCGUGACACCCGAACAAAUCCAAGACAGUUUCCAGAGGAUGGCCGAAGCGGCGCAGAGCGCCUUCUCGAAUCCCGGAAUCGGGGAGCCGGUGACGAACGAUUUCGCCUCUGCCAUCUCGCAAACGCUUCAGGGUCUGAGUCAGGGCGCGGAGAAUUUGCAGAAUCCGUUGCCGGAUUCCGCAAUCAUGGAGAUGUUCUCGGGAAUGGCGGACGGUGGAGGAUCGCAGAACGCCUUUCUGCCGUUCAUGCAAGGUAUGAUGCAGAGUCUUCUGAGCAAGGAGGUUCUCUAUCCGAGCUUGAUGGAUAUCCUGGAGAAAUACCCAGUGUGGUUGGCGGAGAACGACGGUACGCUUUCAGAAGAGGACAAGACUCGGUACAAGAAGCAGCAGGAGCUGAUGCAGUCCGUCUGCGACGAAUUGGAGCCGGAAUCUAAUGACGAUAGCAUCGAGGUGAAGAAGGCCAGGUUCGAUAAGGUACUCGCUUUGAUGCAAACGCUGCAGGACUACGGUCAACCACCAGCGGACAUCGUCGUCAAUGGACCUGCGAUUCCCGGCAUGGAUCAACAAGGAAACAUGGAUCAGUGCAGUCUGAUGUGAUUCGGCAGCAUUAACACACACCAAACUCUAAUAUUAAGGAAGAAAUUGUGUUUCGUUAUUUUAUAUUAUUAUUAUUUUACACUAAGAAUUGGACGUGCGGAAUAAUUUCGGUCGACUUGGCAUCACAUUUACCGGCAAAAAUUUUCCACAACCAACGAACGAACCACGUCGUCGUCGUUGCAAUUAAUUUGUAAACAAGGAACGUGUACGAUUUGACCAUUUGUUGUGUCGCUAGAGAUGUUAUAAUUAUUAUUAUAUUUAGUAAAUAAAUAUACUUAAUUUAAUUAAA